GGGCUGGAGCCCAAGGUGGGAGGCGCCAGGAUCGGGCACCCAGCACAGAGCGCCGGCUGCCACCCACUUAGACAACCUCAGCUGCAGCUGCCGCGGCGCAAGGGGCUGGGGGACGCACGCUGGGGCACCUGGGGGCGCGGCGCACCAGGCAUCGGGGUCUGCAGGGCGCGCUCCGGGACAGCGUAACCAUGCGGGCGGCCGGGGGCGCGCGGGCGGCCGCGCUGGCGCUGCUUCUGGGCGCACUGCACGGGGCGCCGGCGAGCGGCGAGGAGUACGACUACUACGGCUGGCAGGCCGAGCCGCUGCACGGCCGCUCCUACUCCAAGCCGCCGCAGUGCCUCGACAUCCCCGCCGACCUGCCGCUCUGCCACACCGUGGGCUACAAACGCAUGCGGCUGCCCAACCUGCUGGAGCAUGAGAGCCUGGCCGAGGUGAAGCAGCAGGCGAGCAGCUGGCUGCCGCUGCUGGCCAAGCGCUGCCACUCGGACACGCAGGUCUUCCUGUGCUCGCUCUUCGCGCCCGUCUGCCUCGACCGCCCCAUCUACCCGUGCCGCUCGCUGUGCGAGGCCGUGCGCGCCGGCUGCGCGCCGCUCAUGGAGGCCUACGGCUUCCCCUGGCCCGAGAUGCUGCACUGCCACAAGUUCCCCCUGGACAACGACCUCUGCAUCGCCGUGCAGUUCGGGCACCUACCCGCCACCGCGCCUCCAGUGACCAAGAUCUGCGCGCAGUGUGAGAUGGAGCACAGUGCCGACGGCCUCAUGGAGCAGAUGUGUUCCAGUGACUUUGUGGUCAAAAUGCGCAUCAAGGAGAUCAAGCUAGAGAACGGGGACCGCAAGCUGAUCGGAGCCCAGAAAAAGAAGAAGCUGCUGAAGCCAGGGCCCCUGAAGCGCAAGGACACCAAGAGGCUGGUGCUGCACAUGAAGAAUGGCGCGGGCUGCCCCUGCCCACAGCUGGACAGCCUGGCAGGCAGCUUCCUUGUCAUGGGCCGCAAGGUGGACGGACAGCUGCUGCUCAUGGCCGUCUACCGCUGGGACAAGAAGAAUAAGGAGAUGAAGUUCGCCGUCAAAUUCAUGUUCUCCUACCCCUGCUCCCUCUACUACCCCUUCUUCUACGGGGCCGCGGAGCCUCACUGAAGGGCACUCCUCCAGUCCCCCCCAGCCAGCUGUGCCUUGCCCUCUGUCCCCACCCCCACUCCCAGCUGCCCGGCCCUGCUGGAGGGUGGCUUCACGGCACAAGCCCCAGGGAUGGCCUCCUUGAUGGAGGGCUCCUGGAUCCCCGGGGUUCUUGGGCUUCCUGUCUUAAGAGCUGCACUUUCUUGUGUGCAGGAACCCCCAGGGUCUAGGAAAGUAGGGAGGAAGAAAAGGUGAAAGAGCCCAGAGCAGCUGCGGUGGCUUCCAGUGUAGAGGUGGAGUCAGCUCUCCCAUACUGGUGAAGAGGCGUCAUCUUAGAGAAGCCGUAAUUAUUAGGCUGAGCUACCCCAAAAUGUGUCCUCAUUGCUGCCCCCAAAGAAAAGGAGUUAGGGUCUUGAUGCCCUCCAGCCACACAACCCUGCCUUCCCAUUAGCAAACUCCCCUACCCCAAAGCCAAGAGAGCUCCCUGCAGGACUGCAGAGCGGCCCGGCCUGGCCUCUGUACAGAUGCCUCCCACAGGCUAGCUGCCCGGGGUCACUGCUCAGCUCCACACCCACCUCUGACCCUGUGGUAAGUUACUGCUUCAGCUCUGAGGCCAUAGGUACCAGGUAACUGAUACCGGUAGGGCUUGGCUCUCAAUUUUUUAAGUUUUUAAUUAAAUCAAAGAAAACAACG